UAUGGCACAAUUGAAUAGACCAAUAGAAUGUAUAAUGAAAUUACAUGAUAUUGUUAAUAAAGAAUGUAAAAUGAUAUAAAGAAAGAAAUUUAUAAAUUCUUAUAUAUAGGAGAAAGCAUUAUAAAACUUUUAUUAAGAAAAUGUAUUGGAUUAUAAAAUGGCACCUAAGAAACAUUCAUUAAUAAGAGGAACUAUGUUUACAAAAGAAUUUAUGGAAUUAGAAAACAAAAAUAAAUAUUAUUAUGGUGAGAUACAUAAAGGAGUACCUUAUGGUUAAGGUUUGUUGAUUGAAAUAGAUGAUUAAAAGAUAGAGGAAGGAAUAUGGAUAGAUGGACAUUUAUCAUGGGGAUAAAGAUCAAUAUAAUUAAAAGGUGUACCUUCAAUAGUAUGUGGUGAAAUGAUUGAUGGAGUAAUAAAUGGUUUAGGCAAAUUGAUAUGCAAAGAUGGUGAUUCGUAAUUAAAAUUAAGUUAUAUCUAAUAGUUACACAGGAGAAUGGAUAAAUGGAUAAAAACAUGGAAUGGGAAUAUAUAAGUAUGCAAAUGGUGACAUGUACAAAGGAGAAUUUAAAUAUGAUUUAAAGGAUGGAUAAGGUACAUAUAAAGCUUAUAAUGGUGAUAUUUACAUUGGUUCAUUUGAAAAAGGGAUUAAAAAUGGAGAUGGCAAAUAUAUAUCUAAAAAUGAAGAUACUUAUAUUGGAAAAUUUAAGGAUGACAAAAUAGAUGGAGAUGGUACAUAUAAAUAUCAUGAUGGGAAAAUGUAUAAUCAAAUAUAAUUUUGGUUAGUCAAUAAGGAAUGCAUAAGAAUGGUCAUCCAAUUGGAGUACAUAUGAU